UGGCUGUCGGAGGAAGUUAUGACUGAUUUUAGAAACAUCAAGGGGACUUUACCAGAAUAAGAAUUCGAAUUUUAAGAUCAGAGCAGGGGAUGAAGGAGGGCAGAGUUCACUCAGAGCGGAAGUGAAAGGGCUGAUAGUCUGCAGGCGGAGUGACACCAGCGAGUGUGGACUCUCUAAAGCCGCGAUUUACUCGCUCUGCCUUUUUAGGCCUUUGCCUUCUCUCCACAACAGUCAGACAUGACUAAGUUCCGGGGAUCAGUGUCAUUCGAGGAUGUGGCUGUGGACUUCACCCAGGAAGAAUGGAAUCGACUGGACCCUACUCAGAGGACCCUAUACAGAGAUGUGAUGCUAGAGAAUUAUAGCCAUCUUGUUUCUCUGGGGUAUCCUAUUACCAAACCAGAUGUGAUUGCCUCUUUGGAGAAUGGAGUUCUUGAGAUCAUAAAGAGAGAAAUCCCAAGUUCAAGUUGUACAGAAGAUGAACAAGCUGAAGACCAGCUGGAGAACCACCAGGAAAACCAAAACAGACACCUGAGGCAAGCUAUAUCCAUUGAUGAGAAAAAUGUGUCUAAGGAAAGAGCUCAUGAAUUUGAUGGCUUUGUAAACCCACUUCCUCAGAGCACAUGGGUAGUUUCUUCAGGACACGCACCCUAUAUAACUGACUCAUAUGGGAAAAGUUUUAAAGAUAAUUUUGGCUUACUCAGUCCUAAUAGUCUGAGCUUGACAGCUCAGAAAUGUUAUGAAUGUAAUCGAUGUGGGAAAUUAUUAAUUCAUGGCAGGCAUGAAAAAAAUAAUGGAAUGAUACCCCUUGACUAUAAUACAUAUGAGAAAGGUCAUAGUCUUAACUUUGUUCAGCAUAAUCUGACUCAAGUUGCAGAACCAACCUAUGAAUGUCCUGAGUGUAGAAUACCCCUCAGCACGAAUUCACUCCUUAUUGUUCAUCAGAUCACUCACAUAGGAGAGAAACCUUAUGAAUAUACAGAAUGCAGAGAGGUAUUCAACAAGACUGCACACCUCAGUAUACAUCAGACCAUGCACACAGGAGACAAACUUUUUGAGUGUAAUGAAUGUGGCAAAUCCUUCAGAGAGGAAUCAACCCUGCAUAUACAUCAAAGAACUCAUACAGGUGAAAAACCGUAUGUAUGCACUGAGUGUGGCAAAGCUUUCCAAGAAAAGACAAAGCUCAUCAUACAUCGACGAACUCACAAAGGAGAGAAACCCUAUAAAUGUUCAGAAUGUGAAAAAACCUUCAACCAGAAGGCACACCUCAGUGUUCAUCAGAGAACACACACAGGAGAGAAACCCUUUGAAUGCAGUGAUUGUGGCAAAUACUUCAGAGAGAAAUCAACACUGAAUAUACAUCAAAGAACUCAUACAGGAGAGAAGCCGUAUUUAUGCAAUGAGUGUGGCAAAGCCUUCCGAGAGAAGACGAAGCUCAUCAUACAUCAGAGAACUCACACAGGAGAGAAACCCUAUGAAUGUUUAGAAUGUGGGAGAGCCUUCAAUCAAAAGGCACACCUCAGUGUACAUCAGAGGACACACACAGGUGAGAAACCUUUUGAAUGUAAUGAAUGUGGCAAAUCUUUCAGAGAGAAAUCAACACUGCGUAGACAUCAAAGAAUCCAUACAGGAGAGAAACCUUAUGUGUGUUCAGACUGUGGAAGAGCAUUCACCCUUAAGCUGAGCCUCAGUGCUCAUCAGAGAAUUCAUACAGGAGAAAAAACUGAUGGAUGUACUGUAUGUGGAAAAGUCUUCUCCCGCAAGUCAUAUCUUAUGCUACAUCAGAGAGCUCAUACAGGAGAAAAAUUUGAGAAAUCCUAUGAAUGCAAUGAAUGUGAUAAAGCAUUCUUCCAGAAAUCAUAUCUCAUUAUUCACCAGAGAGUUCACACAGGGGAGAAACCCUACGAGUGUAAUGUAUGUGAGAAAGCUUUCUCCCAAAAAUCAUAUCUCAUUAUACAUCAACGAACUCAUACAGGAGAGAAACCCUAUAAAUGUGAUAAGUGUAAUAGAGCCUUCAGAGAAAAGUCUAAACUCACUGUACAUCAGAGAACUCACAUAGGAGAGAAGCCCUAUGACUGUCCUGAAUAUGAGAGAAACCUUCUAGAAGUCAAAGAUCAGCAAGGAUUAGAGAACUCUCAGAGAGGAGAGACCAAAGAACUGAAAAUGGAAAAUCCUUUGUAGGAAAGUCAAAGAAAAAGUGAGGUGGGGGAAUCCUGCUUUAGGGUGAUCAGGGAUGGCUUUUCUGAGGACAUGACAUUUGAUCUUAGAUCUGAAAACAAAGCACCAGCCAUACUGGGGGAAGAGCAUUCCAGGCAGAAGAAAUAGCAAGGGCCAAGGUCCUGAAGCAAAAACUGGGCCUUUCAUGAUUAUAUCAUGGAUGUAUAUUGAAUGACUUUACACCAAAAAGGUUGUUCAACAUUAAAAUCUUUUGAAGCUUUGAAUCUAUGAGAGAUGUCAUUAGGAAGCCAAACCUCACCAUAAAUCUGGGCAAAGAUAUCAAGGGAAGCCCAAUUUAAUUAAUUUCAAUAAUCAUAGUCCCUUGGAAAUGAAAUAAGGGAAACAUGUUUCCAAAUUUAAUAUCCAACUCUCACAAAAAAUUAAGAAAAGCUAUUAUUAAGAACACUCAUUUUGUCAUCUUUCAUCAUGGGUAAUAAAAGCUAUCUCCAAGAAAAACAGAGUUCACCAAAUGAUAUGAAAUUACAUAAUUAAAGAUAACCACAAAAGGAAAAACAAUGAAGAAUAUACUAUAAAUGUUCAGAUAUUAGAAAGGACAUUUAAGCAGAACAAUGUAAAGAAAACAACACUACAGCAUCAAAUCCAGUUUCCAAAAGUAGCAACAGUUGAUAAUGCUUGCAUUUUCACCACAGCCUGUUGGGUAAGAUUUUUGGCUAUGUUUCUCUGUGUGGAUCUUCCUCUUCUCUGAGACUCAUCCUACAGCCUUCCCCAAAAGACUAUAAGCGGCACGACAGGUUUUUAGAAGAUCCGUUUUUGACUCAAAUUCACCGGCGUUUAUUUCUGCUGCUUUUGAUGAAUAACUAUCACAUUCAGAAGUCAGUACCCAGAGUAAAAGCACCUUUUAUGGACACCCAGGGAAAUGUGAACUUUGGUUAUCUAUGUUGUUUGGGGCUGAGCACAGGGGAAAUCCUUUAAAGGAAGGGAGCUUGAGUUUUCUUUGGCAUGCAGUGGCCACUAGCUGUUUCAAUGAUCAUCUGCUCUGGAUGUAAUGAAUAUUGAAAGCAAGGCUUUGAGUAGUUGAGAAUCCACCCUCAACCAAAGAAUACAAAGGAAAUGAUUAACUGCUUCUUCGUGGGAGUGGGUGCUUCCAGUGGGGCUGGCCAAUGAAAAGAAAAGAAUGGUAAGUUCAAAUUCCUAAAUGCUCUGCUGAAGACACAGACUGAACCCUGGGCAUUGUGUAAAAAGAAAUUAUUACCUGUGCAUUCAUUGAAUUCCUUCUUAAAUUCCCAGUGUGUCAUUUGCAAUUUAGGUUUUGAUUUUGAAAGAGAUGAUGGGGGGCUGAGAAUUAGAAUGAUGACAUGUGGGAGAAUGUGAAUAUUUUAAACUCCCAGUUCCCACUGAGCUUCCUGUGUAAACUGAGUUUAAUCCCAUUCUCCUCUGAUGAGACUGUAUCUGUCGAAAAUAAAGACCCUGUAGUGACCUCAA